AUGGAGUUUCUCAAGGACUACGAUUGCACCAUUCAAUAUCACCCGGGCUGUGCCAAUGUGGUGGCUGAUGCUUUGAGUAGGAAUAUGCCUAUUUUUAUGGCCAGGUUGAUGGCCCAUGAGUGGCAAAUGUUAGAGGCUUUUAGGCAACUAACAGUGAGUGUAGUGCCGAAGGAAUCAUCCAUCCUUAUUGUUGGCAUGGUAGUCCAGUUGGACUUAGUGAACGAAAUACGAGAGGCAUACGUGGAUGAUAAACAAAUAUAUCUAUGGGUAGAUGAGCAUGGUCAGCCUAAGAAAUCUGAUUUUGAGAUACAUGAUGGUAUACUCAUAUUUUGGGGAAGAAUGAUGAAAAUUUCAUAUACCCUACUUGAAAGUUUCUUGAAGAAGCUUAUAGUUGAAAUUGAAUCUAAUGGUUAUGAAGUAUUGGAUGAAUUAUAUGGAUGGGCUAUGGUUCUAUAG